AUGGCGGAAGAAACUUGGACCGAAGACAACAUGGAGACAGGCGGCGUGGCCAUCGAUAACAUGCCGUUGCCCCAAGCCGCUGAUAUCCCUGAAAUCAAACUAUUCGGAAGAUGGAGUUGUUAUGAUGUCCAGGUUUCCGAUAUGUCACUUCAGGACUAUAUCUCUGUUAAAGAAAAGUACGCUAAGUACUUGCCCCAUUCUGCUGGCAGGUAUGCCCACAAACGAUUCCGUAAAGCUCAGUGUCCAAUUGUUGAGCGCCUUACCAACUCUCUGAUGAUGCACGGACGCAACAACGGCAAGAAGUUAAUGGCUGUGCGAAUUGUCAAACACGCAUUUGAAAUUAUCCACCUUCUAACUGGUGAGAACCCACUACAAGUUCUUGUUACUGCCAUCAUUAAUUCUGGUCCUCGGGAAGAUUCAACUAGAAUUGGUCGUGCUGGUACAGUGCGUCGUCAAGCCGUGGAUGUGUCUCCCCUCCGUAGGGUGAACCAAGCUAUCUGGCUGCUGUGUACUGGUGCUCGUGAGGCUGCCUUCAGAAACAUUAAAACAAUUGCUGAAUGUGUAGCGGAUGAACUUAUCAAUGCCGCUAAGGGUUCAUCUAAUUCAUAUGCUAUCAAAAAGAAGGAUGAACUUGAGCGUGUUGCUAAAUCCAACCGUUAA